AGCGUCAAGCGGUUCAAAGAGUUGCAAAGAUGGCGGACAACAAAGGCCAUGAUUGUACAGAGAGCUCCGCUAACAUGGAGGUAGGGGCUUCGGGAGGAGAAGAUAAAGCUGACGGCGGCGCGAAGGACCAGGACACAGUCAUUUUAAUCGACGCGGACACGAAGGACGAAGGAGACGGUGUUAAAUCACCAGAGACAGCUUCCCAAGCGCCGACGACAUCCAGCGACGGCGGCGGAGCUUCGGACGGGACCCAAAAUGUUGAGAGCAGCGAGCCGCCGCCGCAGUCGUCCUCCUCGGACAACACCAGCGCGUCACCCGCUCUCAACACUGAGAUGUCGCCUCCUCCUCCUCCUCCACCUCCACCAUCAUCGUCCUCAUCAUCCUCGACCCCUGCCGCCCCGUUAAACCUCCUGGAUACGUGCGUUGUAUGUAAACAGAGUCUCCAGAACCGCGACUGUGAACCCAAACUGCUUCCAUGUCUGCACUCCUUCUGCUUAAAAUGCAUCCCGCAGCCGGAGCGCAAGAUCACGGUGCCGGUCCAGGGGCCUCACGGGCAGGACACUCAUAUUGUGAACGUCAUGCGAUGUACAGUGUGUCAUCAGGAGUACAAACAGACCGACAUGGUUGAUAAUUACUUUGUCAAGGAUACUUCAGAAGCCACAAGCACUUCAACAGAGAACUCAACACAGGUCUGCACCAGUUGUGAGGAUGACGCCAGCGCUGUCGGAUUCUGCGUGGAAUGUGGCGAGUGGCUUUGUAAGACCUGCAUCGAAGCGCAUCAACGAGUCAAGUUCACCAAGGACCAUAAAAUACGUAAAAAAGAAGAAGUGUCUUCUGAGUCGGUCGGGACGUCAGGUCAACGGCCCGUCUUCUGUCCGGUGCACAAACAAGAGGCCCUUAAACUCUUCUGCGAGACGUGUGACACUUUGACCUGCAGAGACUGUCAGCUGCUGGAGCAUAAAGAGCACAGGUACCAGUUUCUAGAGGAAGCCUUCGAGAACCAAAAAGGCAUCAUUGAAACGUUCAUGUCCAAGUUGCUGGAAAAGAGACAUUUUGUGGAGUUCUCUAUGUCUGAGUUGCAGAGCAGAAUCAAAGAAGUUGCCGAGACGCACAAGAAGGUUGAACAUGAAAUAAAGAUAGCAGUAUUUACUCUGAUCAAUGAAAUCAACAAGAAGGGCAAGUCUCUGCUGCAGCAGUUAGAGAGUGUGACCAAAGAGAGAAGCAUAAAGCUGCUCAGCCAGCAGCGGGACAUCAGUAUUCUGGCCCAGCAGAUCAUCCACGUUCUCAACUUCACCAACUGGGCCAUCAGCAAUGGAAGCAGCACAGCCCUGCUCUACAGCAAGAGACUGAUAACGUAUCAGCUUCGUUUCAUCAUGAAGGCCCGUGUGGAUGCAGUACCUCAGACCAAUGGAGCUGUCCGCUUCUUCUGCGACCCCACCUUCUGGGCCAAGAAUGUGGUCAACCUUGGCAAUCUUGUUAUUGAAAAAGUGCCACAUAACGCUGCUCCACCCAACAUGAUGGUCGGUCAACAGAUCUCGCCCAGUCACAACCAUCCCGGAAAGCACUCGGGUCAGAUCAACCUCGCCCAGCUGCGGCUGCAACACAUGCAGCAAACUGCAAUGGCUCAGAAACAACAACUUCAGCAGCAGCAACAGCAGCAGCAGCAACAACAACAUCAGCAGCAGCAACAACAUCAGCAGCAACAACAUCAGCAGCAACAGCAACAACAACAGCUGCAGCAACAACAACAACAACAUCAGCAACAAAUACAGCAGCAGAUGCGCAUCGCCUCGCAGAUGUCCCAGCAUCCCAGACAGGGAGGACCAUCGCAGAUGAUACAGCAGCCGCCCCCGAGGCUCAUCAGUAUGCAGGCCAUCCAGAGGGGCGGAAUUAAUGGCACCGCCCACAUGUAUCCACCUCAUCACCUACGCUUGGUGUCAGGACAGAACCGCAUGCCUUCAGGGCAGCCCAGACUCAACGGCCAGCCGUAUCCCAUGAUGCAACUCCAGAGACAGCAUUCAAACCCAGGGCACGCGGGGCCCUUCCCUGUGACAUCACUGCACAAUGUUAGCGCUGCCAACCCCACCAGUCCCACCAGUGCCAGUAUGGCCAAUGCCCACGUUCACCGAGGACCCACCAGCCCUGUCAUAGCCCCCAUAGAGCUCAUACCAUCGGUCACCAACCCUGAAAACCUGCCCUGCCUGCCCGACAUUCCUCCCAUCCAGCUUGAAGAUGCCGGUUCGAGUAUGCUGGACAACCUCCUCAGUCGAUAUAUAUCUGCUAGCUCAUAUCCUCCCACUGGCCCCAUCAACACUUUAAAUCCAUCACCAGGACCUUCGACACAUUCUCCAGGAUCAUCAGGUUUAUCUAAUUCUCACACUCCAGCUCGUCCAUCCAGCACAUCGAGCACGGGCAGUCGGGGCAGUUGUGGGUCAGCUGGCAGACCUGGCACGGGGAACACGGCCGUGGAGCAAGUAAAGGUCAAACAGGAACCAGGAGCGGAGGAAGAGAGUUGCCACUCUGGAACAAAUGUCAAAACAGAACGAAGCAAAGAUGGUGGACGGAGUGCUUGCAUGAUGAGCAGUCCAGAAGGUGGCGUGACUUCACCGCUCCCCAUUCUUGCGUCCGUAUCCACUGGUUCAGUCCAGGACGUGUUAAGGACGCUGGGUGAGAACGUCAAAUCGGAACCACAGAGUGAACAGGUCUCCUUGUGCACGAACCCCGGCUCCCACACGGCUCUGACCAAUGGGAGAACACAGUCGAACGGAGGUCAGGCGAGGCCUUCGUCUUCCCAGCGGGGCAGCGCGACCACCGCUAACAGUCAUACGGGCGUCAGUAAGGAAGAUGACCCGAAUGAGGACUGGUGUGCGGUGUGUCAGAAUGGAGGAGAGCUGCUGUGCUGCGAUCGCUGUCCGAAAGUCUUCCAUAUCAACUGCCACAUUCCGACUCUCAAAUCUUCUCCCAGUGGAGACUGGAUGUGCACGUUCUGUAGAAGUCUUACAAACCCAGAGAUCGAGUACAACUGUGACGACUGCCCACCCAGUAAGAAAGACAAGAGUGAAACAGCGAUGAGCCCAGAAGACCAACGGCGGUGUGAGCGUAUGCUGUUGUUUGUGUUCUGUCAUGAGCUCAGCGUGGAGUUUCAGGAGCCUGUUUCUCCAACGGUACCCAAUUACUAUAAAAUCAUUAAGCAACCAAUGGACUUAACCCUGGUGAAGCUGAAACUACAGCGGAAGCAUCCUCUGCAUUACAAGUGCCCCAAAGAGUUUGUGUCUGACGUGCGUCUGGUUUUUAGCAAUUGUGCCAAAUACAACGAGAUGUCUCGAAUAAUCCAGGUUUAUGAUGAGGACAAACAGAGUAAUGUUCAGGCCGACUCUGAAGUGGCAGAAGCCGGAAAAGCCAUCAGUAUGUAUUUUGAAGAAAAGCUGCUAGAGAUUUUUCCCGACCAAACGUUCCUGGUAGUUACAGAGGAGCCGCGAGCCGAUGACGACAAGGAGGGUGCGGAGGACUCUGACUCUGACGACUUCAUACAACCGAAACGCAAACGCUUAAAAGGAGAUGCUGAGAAUUUGAUGCAUGUCAAGUAAUAUGAAGAAAAUUUGGAAACUGGGAGAUUUGGCUUCUGAGAAGAAAUACAUUUAGUCUUCCUCAUGACCUGGUCUGUGAAGGAUCAGAUACUGCUGGAUCUGACGGUUUUCGGAUAAUUACUUUAUUCUCAUCCAUUGUAUAUACUGUAAGAAUUCGGAAACUUGCAUUGUGGGUGGUAAAGUUGUCAUCGACAAGAUUUUUCACAUCCCGGGGGAAAUCACUGGGUGUCAAUAAAGACACUUGUACAGAUUUAAAUAGGUCUUGUUUUUGUCUGAUUUAACAUGCUUUUUCUUUUAAACAAGCUGUUGUUAUAUUUGUAAAUCUAUUGUGAAUGAUACUUUAUAAAUGAGAAACUCAUCCUCUCCUUUCUGUUGUAUGAUAAAGUUGAUCAUAUAUGACCCACUUGCGGCCUUUGCAUGUGUUUUUAAGUUUUGUUCCUACUAAUUUAAGUCACUUCCUAAGUUUGAUUAUUUUUAAUAAAACAUUCACCACUGCA